AUGGUAGUAAGUUUUCGGGAAACGAUUUCCGCGAAGCUGAAGGAACUGGACCAAACGCUAGACCUGGAAACUGCAUCUGCAAGUCAGGUUGUCGAGGCAGUCAGACGAUCUGGUCUACAGUCGUUUUUCCUCGAAUGGGAAGAAUCCUUUAAUGCUUGGCAGACCAAGACGGGCUGUGCAGAGAGAUUACUCCUCAGUGAUGUAACGAAAGAGGGAGCCAUUUACCAAGCUGGAGUAUGGGCAACAGAUCCCAGCGAUAUAGCGAAAGCUUUUGAUGCUUCUGAGCAAUAUGGCAACGAGCUCAAGAAGUUGUAUCAUAUCUACCCCGAUCGACCUUCAUCUUGCAAAACUGGGGCGCUAGACUUCAUCAACGACUACAAGUACCUGCUACCAGUUCAGCUCCUCGAGAAAGCCUUCAAGGAUGCAAACAAGUAUGCUUUCAGAUGCCUGGUAGACGAGGCAAAUCCAUGGCAGCCGUCAAGCGGCGCUCAUCACGCCGUCGACCUCGUUCUCUUGUUUGGAGGCUUUGAUCUGAGUUUUGCGCCUAGUGCUGAGCGCGUUGGCCAGGCUAUGCGCGAGGCGUGGAUCAAGUUUAUUGCUGGGGAAGAACCGUGGCCUGAGGCAGCGGAAAAGUAUCAUGGGUUUGGUCCCCAUGGGACUUUAAAGACUCUUGAAGACUGGGAGGUUCAGUCACGGAGGCGCAUUGGGCUGGCGGAGAAGUUGAGUGAGAUGGAGAGUUCCCUGCUGGAUAAGACAUCUCGUGGGCUCGCGGCUGGGAAAGUGAGUCUGUUGAAUUAA